AUGAGCUACAUUAUUCCACAGUUAAAAGAUAGCUCGCUGUUUAUCAGCAGGGCGUACGUGAAUGGAGAAUGGAUAGAAGCGAAGUCGGGCGAAAAGUUCGAAGUUAAUGACCCUGCAACUGGCAUGUUAAUUGGUACUUGCCCUGAAUGCUCAGCUGUAGACGUUGAGAAGGCCAUACUGGCUGCCGCCGCGGCUUUCUCUACCAGUCGAAAAAUGUUGGGCCGUCAGCGAGCCCGUAUCUUACAACGCUGGUAUCAACUCGUCAUGGAUAAUGCAGAUGACCUCGCCACUCUUAUCACAUGGGAGAACGGAAAGCCAUUAGCUGAGGCACGCGAUGAGAUAACUUACGCAGCAAGCUUUCUGGAGUGGUUUAGCGAGGAGGCGCCACGAAUCUAUGGAGAUACAAUUCCUUCUGUGAUUCCAGAACAUCGAAUCAUUACCGUCAAGGAGCCAGUGGGAGUCUGCGCUCUGAUCACUCCCUGGAAUUUCCCAGCAGCAAUGGUUACUAGAAAAAUCGCGCCUGCUUUGGCGGCAGGUUGCACGGUAAUCUUAAAGUCUCCAGCGGAAACACCGUUCACAGCAAAUGCUCUAGUGGAGUUAGCCCAUAGAGCGGGUGUACCAAAAGGCUUCAUAAACAUUGUGACGGCAAUGGAUAACACAGCUCAGGUUGGCAAGUUGCUAACUACUGACUCUGAAGUUCACAAAAUUUCAUUUACUGGUUCAACAAAUGUAGGAAGGAUUCUCAUGGAACAAGCAGCGUCUACAAUAAAAAAGGUUUCCUGGGAACUUGGGGGUAAUGCACCGUUCAUUGUUUUUGAUGAUGUCGAAAAUCUCGAUGCAGCUGUCGACGCAGCUCUCAUUGCCAAGUUUCGCAAUUCUGGUCAGACUUGUGUCUGUGCCAAUCGAAUUUACAUCCAGUCACGGCAUUAUGAGGAAUUUGCCAAGCGUUUAAGCGAACGAGUUAAGAAGUUCAAGCUUGGGCCGGGAUUUCUCGAUGGCGUUACCCAUGGACCGCUGAUUCACAAGCGCGCAUUAGAAAAGGUCGACGAACAAGUUCGCGACGCAGUAUUCAAAGGCGCUACGAUCAUCGCUGGAGGUAAAAGAUGCAUUGAGCUUGGACCGACCUUCUAUGAACCCACUGUUUUGACAGGCAUGACUCAAGACAUGCGGCUGGCCUCUGAAGAAACAUUCGGCCCGGUGGCUGGGCUAUUCUCUUUCGAGACGGAGCAGGAUGUUGUUAAGCUUGCCAACUGUGCAGAGGUAGGCUUAGCUGGCUACUUCUUUAGUAGCAGCAUGGCUCGAGUGUUUCGAAUUGCAGAAGCUUUGAAUGUGGGCAUGAUUGGCGUCAAUACUGGACGAAUCAGUGAAGCGGCAUCACCAUUUGGCGGUGUAAAGCAAAGCGGAUUUGGGCGCGAGGGGAGCAAGUAUGGUAUUGAGGAAUAUGUUACUACAAAAACUAUUACCUUUGGCGGGUUAAAUGCAUCUGACUUUUAGAAUAAAGAUAGACAUAGAUAUGUACUACAACC